AUGUACCGUUCUUUUCUUCGUAGUGCACUAACACUAUCGACAUUUGUUCGAUGGACUGCCACAGACAGUUAUAUUAAUCGCCAUAUUGGUCCAACUACAGCCGAUACAAUGUCUAUGCUUCGUACGAUUGGUAAAGAAAGCCUAUCCGAGUUAAUGACAGCCGCUGUUCCAGAUGAUGUGUUGCGACCGCCACUAAAGGAGUCCACCGCUAUGAGUGAAAAAGAUGCCUUGGCCCUUUUGCGCUCUCUUGGUGCGCGUAAUAAGGUAUUAAAGAGUAUGAUUGGACAAGGAUACUAUGAGUCCAUUACUCCACCAGUAAUACUUCGAAAUAUUAUUGAAAACCCUGGAUGGUAUACUCCCUACACUCCUUAUCAAGCUGAAAUAUCACAAGGACGUCUGGAGUCUCUUUUAAAUUUUCAGACUGUCAUAAUUGAUUUAACAAAAAUGGAUGUAGCGAAUGCAUCACUUUUAGAUCAAGCUACUGCAUGCUCUGAAGCAAUGUAUCUUGCUUUUCAACAUUUUCACCGAAAACGAGAUACUUUUUUCGUUUCUAAAGAUGUUUUCCCAUCUUGUAUAGAAAUGGUAAAAUGUAGAGCAGAACCUCUUAAAAUAAAAGUUAUUGUUGGGGAUCCAAAUAUGAUCGAUUGGGAAGAUUCAUCACUCUGUGGAAUUUUAGUUCAGACCCCAGAUACCAUGGGAAUUCUUCAUGACUUUUCAUUACUAUUUGAAACUGCUAAAAAAAAAGGUAUUAUUACUUGUUGUGGAACUGAUUUAAUGUCUUUACUACUUCUUAAACCUCCAGGUGAAAUGGGAGCCGAUGUGGUUUUAGGUUCUGCACAACGUUUUGGUGUUCCAUUAGGUUAUGGAGGACCUCAUGCAGCCUUUUUUGCUGUAAAGGAAGAAUUUAAACGACUAAUUCCAGGACGUAUUAUUGGUGUAAGUAAAGACUCCGCCGGUGAUCCUUCUAUACGUAUGGCACUUCAAACUCGGGAACAACAUAUUAAGCGUGAAAGAGCAACAUCAAAUAUUUGUACAUCACAGGCUUUACUGGCAACAGUAAAUGCUUUUUAUGCUAUCUAUCACGGUCCAGAGGGUCUCAAAGAGAUUGCAAAUGAAAUUCAUACCAAAGUAAAAAUUCUUUCAGUUGGAAUGGAAUCUGCAGGACAUUCUGUAGUAAAUAAUUCCUUUUUUGAUACUAUAACUGUAAACUUAAGAGGAAUAACACCAGAGGACUAUGUAACACGUUGUGUAGAAAAGGGUAUUAAUAUAUUUCUUGAUUAUAGUACAGGUACAGUUUCUAUAUCUGUAGACGAAGCAACAACAGAAGGACAUAUUGUCUCACUUUUAGAGGCUGCAGGUUUAAAAUUACCAGUAAUAACUGCCCUAUCAAAUAUAGCAGAGCAAAAAACAGCUAUACCAUUAGAAUUAGUACGAAAAUCGGUUUUUUUGAAACACUCAACUUUUCAAAAAUACAAGAGUGAAAUUGAGCUUAUGCGCUAUAUUCAUCGACUACAACGGAAAGACUAUGGAUUGACACACGGUUGCGUCCCUUUGGGGUCUUGUACUAUGAAACUUAAUCCAGCUGCAGCCAUGUUUCCAUUAUCUUGGUCUGAAUUUACUAAUGUACAUCCUCUUGCACCAAUGGAUCAAGCAAGAGGAUAUAGCGCACUUUGUUUAGAUCUUGAGCAUAAAUUAAGAGAAAUUACAGGUCUAGAUGCUGUUUCACUUCAACCGAAUAGUGGGGCCCAAGGUGAAUAUGCUGGUCUUCGUGUGAUUCGAGCGUAUCAUAUCUCUAAAAAAGAGGGAUAUCGCAACGUUUGUCUUAUACCUGAGAGUGCACAUGGAACAAAUCCAGCAUCAGCUGUAUUAGCAGGAAUGACAGUGGUUAAGGUAAAAUGUCUCCCUGAUGGUAGAAUAGACAUUAAGGACUUGGAAGCUUUGUGCCAAAAACACUCAAAGGAACUUUCUUGUAUUAUGAUAACGUAUCCAAGUACAUAUGGGUUAUUUGAGAAGGAUAUUUUAAACAUUACAUCUAUGGUACACUACUAUGGAGGACAAUGUUACAUUGAUGGUGCAAAUCUUAAUGCUAUGGUUGGUUAUACUGGACCUGGAUUUAUUGGAGGUGACGUCUGUCAUAUUAAUCUUCACAAAACCUUUUCUAUUCCCCAUGGUGGUGGUGGACCAGGUAUGGGUCCUAUUGCAGUUCGUCAACAUCUUGCUCCUUUUUUGCCUAAUUCUGUCUUUAACCAAAAAAUUGGAGGCUCACAACCAUUUGGACAAGUUUCACAGGCAGCGUAUGGUUCGGCAUCUAUUCUAACUAUUUCAUAUAUGCUUAUGUUAAUGCUUGGUUCACAUGGACUUAAGACAUGUACCGAGUAUGCUAUUUUAAAUGCUAACUACCUUAAAAAACGUAUUGAGAAUCACUACACAAUUCUUUUCCUUGGUGAACAUGAUUUUUGUGCUCAUGAAUUUAUUCUUGAUUUACGACAGUUUAAAAAAACUGCUCAGAUUGAAGCUGAAGAUGUUGCAAAACGAUUAAUGGAUUAUGGUUUUCAUUCCCCUACUUUGGCAUUUCCAGUAGCGGGAACUCUUAUGAUUGAACCUACAGAAUCAGAAUCGAAACGAGAACUGGAUCGCCUUGCAGAUGCUCUUAUUUCUAUCCGUGGUGAAAUUGCUGCUAUUGAAAAAGGUGAACAGUGUACAAAAAAUAACGUAUUAAAGAAUGCACCACACACUGCAAAAUGUGUGACCUCUGAUAAAUGGGAUAGACCAUAUAGUCGACAAAUGGCAGCAUUCCCUUCUUCUUAUUCAUAUAUUGAAAAGUACUGGCCAACUGUAGGACGAGUCGAUGGCGCUUAUGGAGAUCGUCAUUUGAUGUGUAGCUGUGCAUCUUUAGAUUUUUAUGAAUAA